GUUGGGUUUCUGUUACCUUUAAAUUUUAUUGCAGGUGAGAAAAGGGCAUUCCAAGAUCUUCCAGCAAGAUAUUAUUGAUGUGUUAGAUAAACAGUUGUUUGAAGAUAUGGGUGCACUCCUUACAGAGGAAGAACAACAGAAAUGUGAAGCAAGUGUAUCUUUUGAAAAGAAGAGACUAUUGGCUGUUCAUGAAGCUGGUCACAUAGUUUUAGCUCACUUGUUUCCUCGAUUUGAUUGGCAUGCGUUUUCUCAGCUCCUGCCUGGUGGCAAGGAAACUGCAAUAUCCGUAUUCUACCCCUGUGAGGACAUGGUAGACCAAGGUUAUACAACGUUUGGCUACAUGAAAAUGGGUGGUAGCUCACGGUGGAUGUUGUGCUGAACUUGUGUUUGGUGUUGACAUAACUGAUGGU